AUGGGCAAGAUCGCCAGCAAGAUCUGGUCCAAAGGCUUGCUUUGUGGCCAUGGCGUACCAGAGAUGCAUGAAGAGCUGCGGCCGCUAGCUUUCUGGUCCAGGGAGGACUUACUGAAGGCCUACCAGCGCUUCCUGGAUACCGGCGAGCCUGACAUGGACUGCCACACCUUUUUGGAGGCGUUCCAGUGCUUCUCGGACACUGCCCACUCAAAGGCAGCUUUCAAGAUGUUGCACCCGAAGAAGAGCAAGGUGGACGGCAACACCGUUUUCGCCGCGGCAGUGUUGACUUCAAACCAAAGCUACAUCUCUCGGAUGUCCCUGAUCUUCAGCAUUUUCGACCUGGAUAACGACGGCCAGCUGAGCAAGCCGGAGUUCUGCAUCGCAAUCCGAUCCAUACUGGAGGGCCUUCAUCGCUGGUUUGUAGGUGUGGCCAUGCCAACGGAUGUGGAGUUAGAGGUGGCCAUGGACGACUUGUUCAAGAGGAUGGACUCCAACAGAUCCGGCUUUCUCAGCAUCGGAGAAUUCUUGGUUCAUUCCUACCGAAACCGUGACUUGCAGGAGAUGGUGAACCAUCUGCCCUGGGAGGAUAUGCGCGUCUUUGAGAGCUUGGCGAAGUUCCAGAGGAUCCCGAUCUACACGCCAG